AUGGAGAAGCUUUUCGUAAUGCUUUUGUUGGUCGCCGUUGCGGUGGCGCGUAGUGUUCCGAGUGGUGAUCGGGUGGAGUUUGUGGACGCAGUUGAAGUGAAGGCGGAGGAGAUGCCGAAGGAUGGUGGCCGUGGUGAUGCUGUUCAUGACCAGAAGAAUUUUGUCUACGGCGGAAUUGGCGGCUUUGCUGGCAUGGGCGGGUACGCAGGGUUGGGGGGGUUGCCGAUGCUGGGGGGUGCCGCCGGAAUCGGAAAAUUUGGUGGAAUCGGUGGGGUCGCCGGAAUUGGUGGCUUGGGUGUCCCCGUCGGUCUGGGAGGGGGCGGUGGAGCUGGUGGGGUCGGCGGAGGAGCUGGAGGAAUCGGUGGCCUAGCUGGGCAUGGACUUGGCGGAGCUGGCGGAAUAGGGGUCUAG